UUUAUAAGUCUCUAUGUUCUUUUUAUAUUUGGGAUGAUCUGGAGUACUUAUUAAGACUUCAAAGUUGAACUCUGGUAAUGAGCUAUAAAUCAUACAUGGCUCUUUUGAGAGGGAGAAGGGAUGGGACAAAAGCUAAAAUAGCACUGGAAGACUUCAAAGGUCUGUUAACGCUGGACAGUGUUUCUCAAAAGUUAGCGGAUGCUUCCUCAGCUGCUGGUGUGAAUUUUGAUUUCAACAGGACACCAACAAUCCGGACUUCUUCCAAUGUACAGGAUUUGACCACUGGGUUUUAAAACAAGGAAAAAGACCCCCAAGACUGGCUGUUUCUGUCCUGGUGUGGCUGCGCAGGGAACAAGAAAAGGGAUACAACCAAAAAUGGAAAAUCAAAAGGUGCAGAAAAAACAGUGUGAUAUGAAAACAGAUCUGAACUUACUCCUUGAAUGCCUUAAAUACCAGAUGGACUGCCCUGUAUCUCAGAAAGAGGCUUUGAUCACUAUUUAUUCAAUUUGUCAACAAAACAGUGAAGCAAGUGAAUAUUUUCGAGAAAUUGGUGGUUUGAUGUUUAUAAAUGAUCUUGCAAAGUCAAGUGUUCAUUGCAUAGUAAAGGAAGCAGCUUUAUUUACAUUAGGAAUUAUAAUAGAGAGUAAUGUUUAUUGUCAACAAACUUUGUGUACCUCUGCAUUGUUUGAAGACCUCAUUUUAUUUUUAAUGAAUAAGGAUUCUGGUGUGAACCUGAAAAGAAUGUCUGUUUAUGUCAUCUUAGUACUGGUUUCAAAUAAUAAAAGUGGGCAAACCUAUGUCAGAGAUACAGGCUGCAUUGGUCUUCUGCUACAGUUAUUCAGAACAACACUUUCCACAUCUGAGAUGAAUCUGUCAGAUGAAAAUACUAAUGAGUGCUAUCAGCUGUGGUCUUCAGUCUGCAGUACUCUCUGUGCUUGUGUUAACAAUCCUCAGAAUGAAGAUAAUCAAAACAUUUGCUGUUCAGUUUUUCCAUAUGCCAAAGAGUGGCUUGAAAGUUGCACAGAGCCUGAGAUAGUUCGUCCUAUUUGUUCAUUUGUUGGUCUCACAGUUGCAAAUAACUCAUAUGUGCAGAAAUAUUUUGUUUCUGUUGGAGGAUUGGAUACAUUAGCUAAAGUUCUCAUCAAUCUUAUGCAUGAUUCCUGUAUGAGUCACUCAAGCACAAAACUUGCAGUAGUGGUGACAAAGACUCUGGAUGCCUGCAUUGCUAAUGACUCUGCCAUGGGUGUUGUCUUGACAAAGUAUCACACUGUGUCAGAGCUACUGAAGUUGCUGUCCAAUGACACUCUGGAUACUGGAGAAAAAAUUAGUAUUAUUCUAACAAUUGGGCACUGUACUGAAGUUUGUGAAGAAAACCAGUGUGAGCUGCUCCAGAACAAUGGUCUUCCACUUAUGAUUCAGGUAUUAACUGAGUCUCAGGAUGAGGAACUAAACAAAGCUGCUACUUUUGUGCUGCAAAACUGCAAACAAAUGACUGAACAAUUGUCCCUGAAAAUAAAUGAUAAUUCAUUAAAUGUGAACAAUGCAGAAGAGUUGGACGUGCAGGUCAGAAAAAGAAGUUUACAAGACUACUGGAAGAAAGCAAAAGAAAUUUUUCACAGAAUAAACUUGAUUGAAAAAGAACACAAUGAGGAGAAAGUACAAAGAAGAGUAUUUGUAGACAGAUCUUCAGAAGCCAAUAUUGAAGCAUCAAAGUACCAUGAAGUGAAUCCUGCUGAUCCAAAAACUUAUGUAGAAGGAACACAUAAAGAAAUACAUUGUCGACAGUUGACCUCUGACUUAGAUGAUCAGGUUCUUGCUCCAUCUGUAGAUUCUUCUCCACUGAAAAAUGAAAUAGUGAACACUAUGGAUCCAGUAAAUGCUUCUACUAGACAAAGUGAACAGAGUAAUAUUCCAUGUUCAGUUAAUGAACUGCAAACAGACAGUGUACUUCAAAGUCACAAUAUAAAUGAAAAAACUGCUUGUGUAAAAAAUCGGUCUAUUCUUCAAGUAAGUGAACACUUAUUUAAACAACCAGCAGAGAUUGUUAAAAAUAUGAAACAGACAUGCAGACCAGGUCAACAUUCAUUCUACUCAGAGGUAAAAAAGGAAGAAAACAGUACUUCAACUACAUCUGCAUCCCAUAAAAUGGCAGAUUUAAGAUGUUUAGGUUGUACAGCACGAGGACUAUCCUUCAAUAGUAAAACCUUUACCAAAAUGUUGCAAAGUUGUCCACAUCAGUGUGACCGUCAUAAAGUCAUUCUGGAAGCUGAAGAAAGAUAUAAAAAGGAACUUUGCAAAUUAGCUGUUUGUAACAACAGUAGAUAUGCAACUCAUGAGAAACUAGUGCUGACUCCAGUGAAGAAAGAAAGACUGCAUACAGAAAUAACAACUUUUAGGAGCAAAAAGGAUAGCUUCCAAAGUAUUCUUUUGACUCCAAUUAGAAAAAACAAAUCUACUACUUCAAAUAGAGAUGAACAUAGUAAAAAUACUAGGUUGACUGAUGACUAUAACUUGAUACCGACAUAUGAAAAGUCUUUCCAAAAAACCCAAGAUGCUAACUUGAAGAGACAAAGAGUCAAAGAAAUGUGCAAACAGGAAUGUCAGCGCUUAAAAGAAAACUGCAUAUAUUCACUUCACAAAGAUGAGAUCAAUGAAAUAUGUUCCCUGGACGUGAACAGAAGACCUUUAAACAAGAGAAAAAGAACCCGAAAAGAUUUCACAACUGAAGAAAUUAACUGUCUUUUGAGUGGAGUAAAAAAAAUGGGUAAUCACUGGAAUUUAAUUUUGUGGUCUUAUCCAUUUCAGAAAGGACGGACAAGUGUUGAUCUUUCCAAGAAAUACUACAGGUUACAGUUGCAAAGGCAAGAAAAAAACAAAGCUCAUCGAUAACAUCAUUCAAGAGUGUUUUGGAUUUUGUUGUAGAAUGUUGAAGAACAGCAUUUUUAACAGCGAGGUAUUGUCACAAACAUAUGAGCCCUUGGAGAAUUUAGAUUGGCUUGGACUCAUGUUUUUCAAUGAUAACAUUCUCUGACAGAGUUGUUAUGCUUUGCAAAUUUAAAUUGCAUGUAAUUUGAUAAGUUGUUCUUUUUUAUUUAAAUAAUGCUAACAUAGCUAACAAUCUUUAUCAGUAAAAUUUACAGGUUUUUUUUAACUUAACCUUCUUGAACAUUUGAUUUAUGUAACAUUUGAUUUGGCUUUUUGUUUGAAUCUUUUUAUAGUUUGCUUUAUGCCAUUUGUAAGAAAAGGCUAUAUUGCUAAAAUGAGUAUUUUACGUCAGAAACUGCUAAAUGUUUAUGUUGUGUCUGAAUUUGUUUCCUCUUAAUCAGUGAAAUGCAGGUAAAAUAUUUUGUUGUGCGUUCAAUGUGCUGUAUGUGCAGAAAAAUAUAUCUAUGACAGAAAACACCAAAUGUCUGGUUAAACGCUGCUGCAUAGAGUAGGCAAAUCUUACAUUGGUGUACAGUAAGUAAUUGAAAUAGAAAGCUUGUGGAAAUGUCAGAACUUCUGGGGAGAAGAUUUGGUGUGUGGUUCAGCUGCAGUAUUUCUUGGCUGAUACUAAUGAAAGGGAUAACAUUCUUGGACCUACAUAAAAUACUUCAGUGUUGAACUAAGUAGGAUGCAGGUACUGAUAAAAUUUGGCUUGUCUUCACAGUUAGACAUUUUUCAGUGUACUAUUCAAGUAAGUGAGCAGAACCGCCAUUUCUGCUAAUUACACAGUUUUUACAGAAAGCUUUAGUGAAAGC